AUGGAUGGAGCGCAGCGUCCGGCGAUUGUCAUGGACUGCGGAACGGGCUACACGAAGCUGGGCUACGCGGGGAACGUGGAGCCCAGCUACUGCUUCCCAACAGCGAUCUCCAGUGGGCCGUCUGCUGCACAGCGCAGUCCUAGCCAGCAGGCAUCUGGCCUGGAGGACUUGGACUUCUGCAUCGGAGAUGAGGCCCUGGCCCACGGCCCAACGUGCCCUGUCACCUACCCUAUUAAGCAUGGCAUGGUUGAAAACUGGGGCUCAAUCGAACGGUUCUGGCAGCAGUGCAUCUUCAAGUGA